AUGAUGGAUUCUAACAGAAGGCAGUCGUUAAAGCAGAGAAAUUUAUUGUUAAGUAUGCGUUUAAAUAAUAAUAAUAACAAUAACAAUAACAAUACUACAAAAGUUAAGAAUAUUAGCGGAGUAAAGAAUAAUAGCAAUGGUAAGGUAUGGAGAUUAUCUUAUUCUCCUAGGGGUAAAAAUAAUCAUCAUAGUCAUGGUACAUCGUCAAAGAUCCCUUCUCCUGUAAGGAAUAGUGCCAAUGCUACUACAAUUGCAACAACGACAGUGGCGACAACAGGAUCAAUACCAGCUUCAUCAACAUCUUCACAGAUUAAAGGUAGAUUCCCAAUGGUAGAUUUAAAAUUAAAUGAUUUUGAAAUUGGUAGAAAGUUAGGUAAAGGAAAAUUUGGUAAAGUAUAUUGUGUUCGUCACAAACCUUCGGGACUUAUAUGUGCAUUAAAAGUAAUGAAUAAAAUGGAAAUUGUUAAUUUCAAUGUACAAAAGCAAUUCAAAAGAGAAAUUGACAUUCAAUAUCAUUUAAACCAUAAAAAUCUAACCAAGUUAUAUGCGUUCUUCCACGAUUCAAAAAAUGUUUAUCUAGUUAUGGAAUACCUAAUAGGCGGCGAGUUAUACAAAUUAUUAAAAAAAAAUGGGCCAAUGAAUGAUAUUACAGCUUCAAAUUACGUUUACCAAAUGACUGAUGCUUUGAAUUAUAUGCAUAAAAGAAAAAUAAUACACAGAGAUUUAAAACCAGAAAAUAUACUGAUAGGUUUUAAUAAUCAAAUUAAAUUGACAGAUUUUGGUUGGAGUAUAUAUAACCCAAAUAAUCAGAAGAGGAAAACUCUUUGUGGAACAAUUGAUUACCUUUCACCAGAAUUGAUAAGUUCAAGAGAGUAUGAUGAAAAUGUAGAUGUUUGGGCAUUAGGAAUACUCACUUACGAACUAGUAGUAGGAGCUCCCCCAUUUGAAGAAGAUACAAAAGAACAAACCUACAAACGUAUAGCAAAAUCUGAUUUAAAAUUCCCUCCCAAUGUGUCUUCAGAAGCAAGGGAUCUCAUUACGAAUUUAUUAAAAGUUGUUCCAUCAGAAAGGUUCAACCUCCAACAAGUAAUGAAUCAUCCAUGGAUCGAAAAGAAUAAACCAUUUUGGUAA